AUGGCUUCAAAAGGAGCCGUCUUGCCUAUCUUGAGGCGCGAGUUGCAAACCAAUCGCGCACAACUGAAUAGAGCCGCUUCAUCCUUUUCGACUGUUGCUACGGCUGUUCGGAAUAGGAGAGCAGUGUCCGCUAGGCACUCGGCCCGCCACACCGCGCUUUUCUCUCAGAGACAACUACUCGGUCAAACUCGGGCAUUUUCGCAGUCGCUUUCGACAAGGUUUGCAGAUGACCAUGAUCAGUUCGAUCCCCGUCAAGUAGAAAGGGAGUCGGAUGAGGUGGACGUUUGCAUUGUUGGUGGCGGUCCUGCCGGUCUCGCGGCAGCUAUCCGACUAAAGCAACUCGCAAACGAGGCUGGAAACGAGGAGUUCCGUGUGAUUUUGCUGGAAAAAGCGGGAGAGCUGGGCGCGCAUAUACUUUCAGGCAAUGUUCUCCAACCAACUGCAAUGAAUGAGCUUCUGCCCGAUUGGUUGUCUGAGGAGAAUCCAUCACGAUUUGAGGGCGCAACACCAGCGCGGGAGGACAAGAUGCGCUUUUUGACCAAGAACUCGUCGUUCCCGAUUCCCGCCCCACCCCAAAUGAACAAUCAUGGCAACUACAUUGUCAGUCUGAACGAGCUGACGAAGUGGUUGGGUGAGCGAGCUGAGGAAUUGGGUGUCGAGAUUUACCCUGGAUUUGCUGCUAGCGAGUUGGUCUACAAUUCGGAUGGCUCCGUCCUCGGCGUUGCGACGAACGAUCUUGGUGUUGGUCGGGACGGCAAGCCCAAGGACAAUUUUGAGCGGGGUAUGGAGUUCCAUGCUCGUGUCACUCUACUCGCCGAGGGCUGCCAUGGUAGUUUAACGAAGCAGGUGAUCAAGAAGUACGACCUCAGACGCGAUAGUCAACCCCAGACUUACGGUAUCGGGUUGAAGGAAGUGUGGGAGAUUCAACCGGAAAAGUUCAAGUCGGGAGAAAUCGUGCAUUCUAUGGGAUACCCGCUUCCUUCGGACACCUACGGUGGUGCCUGGAUGUACCAUUUUGGAGAGAACUUGGUCAGCAUUGGGUUGGUGGUUGGUUUGGACUAUCCUAACCCGUGGCUUUCACCUUACGGAGAGUUCCAGAAGCUCAAGCACCACCCCUUGUUCAGGGAGGUUUUGGAGGGUGGCAAAUGCAUCUCCUAUGGUGCUAGGGCACUCAACGAGGGUGGCUUCCAGUCGAUUCCUAAAUGUGCUUUCCCAGGAGGCGCUCUUAUCGGUGACACUGCUGGCUUCUUGAACGUUCCCAAAAUCAAGGGCACUCAUUCGGCUAUGAAAUCGGGCAUGUUGGCAGCGGAGGCUACCUUCAAUGCUUUGCAGAAUGACAACGACGGUACUGUCUUCCUUUUCGAAUACGAGGAUGCUCUCCGAAAGUCCUCGAUCUGGAAGGAGUUGUACGAAGUGCGCAAUAUGCGGCCCUCCUUCAAAUCGCCGCUCGGUCUCUACGGCGGUAUCCUCUACUCCGGCUUAGAAGCCUUCUUGUUCCGCGGUAAAACACCCUGGACACUCAAGCACCACGGUACAGAUGCAGCAUCCACCAAAUCGGCAUCUGAAUGUAGAAAGAUCGAAUACCCCAAACCUGACGGCGUAAUCAGCUUCGAUAUCCUGACCAGUGUGAGCCGAACCGGAACGAACCACGAGGAGGACCAGCCUGUCCAUUUGCAGGUCGCUGAUUGGGACAAGCAUACGGACAUCGCUUGGCCGAAGUACCAAGGCGUUGAAAACAGAUUCUGUCCUGCUGGCGUCUACGAGUACGUCGAGGAUCCAACCAAGCAGCACGGCGUUCGCUUCCAAAUCAAUGCCCAAAACUGUAUCCACUGCAAGACGUGUGAUAUCAAGGUACCGACGCAGGAUAUCAAUUGGCAAACACCCCAGGGCGGAGAAGGCCCUAAAUACUUUAAGACAUAA